CCAUCCAAGAACAGUUGAAAUAUGAUUUGAUUGAAGUAAAGACUUGAAAUAUAUUUUGUUUAUUUGUUCCAUCUCAUUCAAACAUUCCAUUUUUUGUUAAACUUCUUCUCCGUUGAUUCAGAGUAGAGCAACUUCUCUGGCGAUUCUUCUGCUUCCUUUGUUUGGCUGUAAACUAGGUCAUUAGAAGUUUGUCAGUGAUGGGGGAUGUCAAAGACCAAAUAGAUGGAGCAGAAAAUUCAAUGCCAUCUUCCAAACAGGAAGAGGAAGUUGUUAAAAAUAAAUAUGGAGGAAUCAUGCCAAAGAAACCACUUCUAAUCUCUAAGGAUCAUGAGCGUGCUUAUUUUGAUUCUGCUGAUUGGGCUCUUGGAAAGCAAGGCGUAGAGAAGCCUAAAGGGCCACUUGAGGCACUUCGGCCAAAGUUGCAGCCAACACAGCAACAAUCCCAAUACCGCAAGUCUCCUUGUGCUCCAUCUGAGGGUGAAGAUGGAAAUAAUGCCCCAUCUGAGGAUGCUACUGUAAAUGAAUGAGCAGGUGAUUCUCUAGCUUGUGAUGUUCUUUGUUAUAUACAUGCAUGUGCAAUUUCUGUUCAGGAUUAAGAAAACAAUAUUAAGGAUAUAGAGGUGUUUUCAUCUUUAUUUGAGGCAACCAAAUGAGUAUUUGUUGGCUGGUUGAUGUGUUGUAACAUUAACUCUAAGAAUCGCUAUUGCAAGUCUAUUGAAGCCUACUCUAGUUUAUUGAUUAUUGAAAAGUA